AUGGAGCAGCAACUCACCGCAGGCAUCUGUGCACGUCUGCACAACAUACGCGAUAAUGAUGACCCAGUACUGCAGACGUCUCCAACGGUGCAGUUUCUGUCCCUGAAGAGGGUUCCCCCGAUCCCUGGGUCGUCCGCGACUGUGGAUCGCUACCGAAUCAUCGUGUCCGACGGCGAACACUUCUUGCAAGCCAUGAUGGCGACCCAGCUGAACCAUCUCGUUGAAGAGGGGCAGGUCACGAAGCAUUCCAUCAUUAUAAUGGAACGCUUCAGCUGUAACGUGGUGCAGGAGAAACGACUGCUCAUUGUGCUGCAACUCAGUGUAGUGGUGAAGGAGGCACCGAAGAUCGGUAAUCCGACCGCGCUCCAGUUGCCCUCUGUCCCUGAAGGUGGUGCGCAAGCAGCAUCGACCUCCGCUGUCCCUUCGGCCUCCACUACGCCCACUCCCGCGCCUGCUCCAGCUCCAGCUCCCAUGGCUCAGCCUGUGCGCCAACAGAACCGAGGCGGUCGUACUGUAUCUGUCUACCCCAUCGAGAGCCUUAGCCCCUACCAGAAUCACUGGCAGAUCAGGGCGCGCGUUACCCAGAAGUCAGAUAUCAAGACGUGGUCUAACCAGCGCGGGGAAGGCAAGUUGUUCAGUGUCAACCUUAUGGACGAGAGUGGCGAGAUUAAGGGCACCGCAUUCAACAAUAUGGUCGAUGAGUUGUAUGACAAGCUGCAAGAGGGCAAGGUGUACUACAUAUCAAAGGCCAGAGUGAACCUGGCGAAGAAAAAGUUCUCCAACAUUCAGAAUGAAUAUGAGUUAUCCCUCGAUCGCGCUACCGAAGUUCAGGAGUGCGAGGACACCAACGAUGUUCCUGCCGUCAAGUUCAAUUUCGUAGACAUUGGCAAGCUGAGUGAAUUGCCGAAGGAUUCUGUCUGUGAUGUGAUUGGCAUCGUCAAAGAAGUAGGCCCCCUGGGCGAGAUCACAUCUAGACAAAACAAAACAAUCUCCAAGCGCGAGCUGACACUCGUCGAUCGGUCGAACUUUUCAGUGCGUCUAACCCUUUGGGGCAAGCAAGCAGAAACCUUCGCUGCCGACGGCCAACCCGUCAUUGCCUUCAAGGGCGCAAAGGUUGGUGACUUCGGAGGCCGCUCGCUGUCCAUGUUUAGUUCCAGCACCAUGCACAUGGACCCGGACACACCCGAGGGGCAUUUGUUGCGCGGCUGGUACGACUCGAUUGGCGUGAACGAGAGCUACCAAGCGUACAGCAACAACGGCGCGGGCAUGAGCUCGUCCUACGCCACAUUUGACCGCGUGGAGAUUCUACCGCUAAAUGACGUCAAAGAGCGCGAACUAGGCAUGUCGGACAAGCCUGACUCGUUCUCUGCACGCGCAACAGUCAUGCAUAUCAAGCCGGACAACCUCGCGUACCCCGCAUGCCAGUCGCAGGGCUGCAACAAGAAAGUCAUCGAGGACCAUGAUGGGACAUGGCGCUGCGAAAAAUGCAACAAGACCUGGGACAAGCCUGAGUAUAGGUACAUUGUCGCGAUGGCAGUGGCGGACUAUUCUGGCCAGGCAUGGCUACAGGGCUUUAACGACGUCGGCCAGGUGAUCUUCGGUAUGAGCGCGGACGAGCUCAUGGAGAUCAAGGACCGCAAUGAUGUCGAGUUCACCAAGAUUGUAGAACAGGCCACUGGUACCGCCUACAACUACGCCUGCAGGGCGAAGCAGGAUACAUACAAUGAUACGACACGCGUUCGGUACUCCAUUCAACGCAUUCUACCACUGAACUACCAAGAGGAAGCAAAGUACCUAUCGGACCUCCUGCGUUCCAGUGACUGGGCGCGGUGA